GGACGCCUACUAAUGUAAGGACAAGAAAGGUCCGGUUUCAUAACAUUAUCCAACCAUGGAGUAGAGCCCCUCUGCCUGAAGCACAAGCUCUCGGUUUGCAGUUGAAGAUUACAGAUGACAUCAAUGGAACGAGCCUUACAGAUGCAGAUUCAAUGCGCCGCAGCACGGGACCUGAGCAGAUUGGGGUUUCGGACCGAGAUGCUGAUUGGUUUUUCUUGAGUACUUUACUGGACGGCCGUCUGAAAAUGGAUAAUGAUGCACUGGUGGGGUUAACCUUUCCAUGAGAGAGUGCCGAAGACACCUCUUCAAUGCUCAAUCUCUAGUAGGAAUAAGAAGAACUGGCUGAUCAAUUCGAUUCGGUCUGCACAAAUUUAAGACGUGAAGAUGCCAAUAAGCGAAACGACUAUGAGGAAUAAAAUGAGGACCUCCUUUGUCGAAGCAAAUUCAGUAGGGGCCGUUCAGUUCUCUCGUCCCUCCGAACACCUCAAACUGCACAAGACGGGGAACCAUCUGAAAAACAUAGAGAAGAUAUGUGCAUUCAGGCGGAGAAGGGCAAAUCAGCGCACCGAGACUUACGUGCUGCUGGAACCAGGACAAGAAGAGACAUUCGUGUCCGAAGAAGAGCUAAAGGCCAAGCUCAAAGAUUGGCUGGAGAACUGGCCGCGCAAACCUCUCCCUCCUGACCUUGCUCGAUAUGAAACUCUCGACGAUGCCGUCUCCUACCUUGUGAGCUCUGUCUGUGAGCUCGAAAUAGAUGGUGACGUGGGCUCAAUUCAAUGGUACGAGGUCCGCCUAGAGUGACCGAAGCAAUGGCCGAGAACAUAAAUUAGCGUGCUCCACUGUUUUUCUUAGAUAAAUGAAGUUACUCGUAUCGGUCUCUGGCAUACUUCAUUGAAUGGAAGAACUUAAUCGGAGCAACAUUUAAGAAGUCA